AUGUCAGAGACGAUAGGCACUGUCGACUUCCCCUACGGUAGCGAGACCUACAAGACAUGGUUCAAGGUCGUCGGACACUUACAGUCCAGCAGACCGCCUCUGGUGAUACUCCAUGGAGGGCCAGGCAUGUCGCACCACUAUAUGCUCCCUCAUGCAGACCUCGCGUCCCUCCACGGCAUUCCCGUCGUCUUCUACGACCAGAUAGGCAUAGGUGAUUCGACUCACUUACCCAACAAGCCAAAUGAGUUCUGGACCGUCGAGCUCUUCAUGGAUGAGCUCGACAACCUCCUCUCUGCGCUUGGAAUAAGUGACAACUUUGACCUACUGGGAAACUCUUGGGGUGCUAUGUUGGCCGGACAUUACGCUGCUGCCAGGCACCCGCCCGGGAUGAAGCAUGUUGUCAUCGCGAAUGGCGGCGCAUCUAUGGAAUUGUGGCAAACUGGUACACAGAAGCUGUUGGAGAGAAUGCCAGAUGAUGUUAGGGCCGUGAUCGAGAAAGGGGAAAGGGAGGGCAAGAGGGAUACUAAGGAGUUUCAGGAUGCAAUGUCAGCAUACAACCACAAGCAUAUUUGCAAAGUCGUACCAUGGCCCGCCGAGCUCGUUAGGUCAUUUGCGGCGACGGACGAGGAUCCCACAGUGUACAGCAUAAUGAUAGGCCCAUCCGAGUUCAACGUCGAAGGUACUCUCCGCACCUGGUCCAUUGUGGACAUCGUGCAUAAUAUCACCGCACCCACCCUUCUCAUCAACGCACGCGACGAUACCGCCCAGGACAUUGGCCUACUUCCCUUCUUUCGCCAGGUCGCACGUGUCAAAUGGGUGCAAUUCGCGCGCAGCUCACAUCUGCCCUGCUUCGAGGAGAAGGAGAGGUAUCUCGAUGUCGUAGCUGACUUCCUGAUUGAAACCUGA